AUGUCUUCUGAACGGUUCAUUCAAGCCUUUCGUCGGUUUAUUUCGCGACGAGGAAAACCAUCUGAUAUGUACUCUGACAAUGGGCGAAAUUUUGUUGGGGCACGGAAUCAAUUGUCGGAACUUAUACGGAAUUUACGAACGAAGGAGUACCAUGAGCCAAUUGCCAAGGAAUGCGCUGUCGAAGGAAUACACUGGCACUUCAACCCGCCCAGCGCACCUCACUUUGGAGGGUUAUGGGAGGCAGCCGUUCGCUCCGCCAAAACUCAUCUUCUAAAGGUUCUUGGCCAGACUCCGGUUUCAUUUGAGGACUUGCAAACGUUACUCAUGCAAGUUGAAGGUUGUCUCAACUCGCGGCCAAUGACAGCACUCUCUGAUGACCCUACUGAUUUGGAGCCGUUAACUCCGGGUCAUUUCCUUAUUGGAGCAUCUCUACAGGCUGCUCCUGAUCGGGAUUAUAGUGCUGUUCCCCUAGGACGUCUUCGACAGUGGCAAGCAGUUCAGCAAAGGUUGCAACACUUUUGGACCCGAUGGAAAUCUGAGUACCUAUCUCAGUUGCAAGGACGUAUGAAGCGUUGGAAACCUCCAGUGCCCAUAGAUGUAGGACGUUUAGUAGUUUUGCGAGAUGAUAACUCUCCACCUUAUCGGUGGUCACUCGGUCGUAUCCAGGAAGUGCAUCCCUGA